AUGAUGGGGGCAAUUAAUCCACCUGAUGAAUGGCCACAUGUUGAUGUGCAUCCUCUACAACCUCCUCCACAUUGUAAGAUGUCUGGGAGGCAAAAAAAAAACAACAGGAGAAAAGCCCCUGAUGAGGUACAAGAUAAGCUUAAACAAAAGAAGGAAGCUAAAGUAAAACUCAGUAAAAAAGGGACCACUGUGAAAUGUUCUUUAUGCCACAAGGAGAACCACAAUAUGAGAGGGUGCCCACUGAAAAAGCUCAACCAUUCAUCUCAGCAGGAGCAGGUAGCUACAACUGAGGCAAAAAAUAAGGGGCAGGGAAAAAAGAGAAAGAUAUCUGAUGGGGAAAAUGUACAAUCUGAAGAGUCUUUCAUACUUCAGAGUCAUGGUACACAAGUCUCACAUUCCCAGAGCAGUAUUAUUCCUAUAUCAAGCAGUGGGACUAUGAAAACUCUUGGAUUAAAAAAGAAAAAAUUCCAGAUGAAAAGGCUUAUUCCUGAAAAUAUGAACAACCAGAAGAAGACAUUAUGGAGGCCACCUGAG